CACUGCUCAUCUCAAAAGCCGGUGGCUCUACCAACGAGUUUAAUCCUCACCGUCCAUCAAAACAAUCAAAAGAUCAGACGGCUCAAAACUGAUCAAAGCUCCCAAACAGCCCAAACCAUAAACCCUAUCACCGGCACGACGGCCGAAGUCCCUGCUAGCGAUGUCGCUCCGGCAGCUAUAUCGCCGGAGCCGUGCGCUGCUCCGUGACGGCGAUCUCCUCCAGGCCGUCCGUGCAGAGCUCGCCUACGAGCUCUCAUCUCCUUCUUCCUCUCCACCCCAGAGCAUUGAGGUGGGUGACACUGUGGACGGGUUCGUGCUGGAAUGCGAUGAUCCCAAGACGAAGGAUGUGUUCCUUAGAAAGAGUGAUGAGGAGGAGGUUGCUGUUUCGGCUAAACUUGGAAGGUUGUUCUUUGGAGAGGAGAAUGCGAUGGAUUGGAAUGUGAGGAUGAAGGUUUGCGUCAAGAGGCCAAAGGCGGAGCCUUUGCUGCAUUUUGACUGCAGUGUGUUUGCUGGAGAAGGAUUUGGUUCUUCUGAUUUUAGGAUUAGGCGUGUUGCUUAUCAUUCUUCGCAAGAUUCUUUGGAGGCUUUCAAGUAUAGAGGUCCCAAAUUCAGGAGUCUUGAUCCUAAUUUACAAGGAGCAUUGAAAGAAUAUCUUAUAGCCAGAGGUGUUGGUGCAGAACUGACAGAUUUCCUUCUCAAACGCUUGCAUUCAAAGGAUCAAAAUCAAUAUGUUACUUGGUUGCGCACAAUGGAAAGUUUAUUAGCAAAUCAACCAUGAGUCCUGUAUUCUUUAUAUCUUUAUUCGAAUUACAAACACUAGUCUAAGUACCUGUUUUGUGUCAGAAAUUCAUGAUUUAAUUUCUGAUCAACUUUUCAACCGUUUGGAUAAAAAAGCAAAUAAUAGAUUUUAUGAGUAUUAUGUGGUUU